GGAGUGAUGGUGCGUUUGUGAUGAUGAUGCACGCCGGCAGCUUUAUUCAUGUCUCUCUCUCUCUCUCUCUCUCUCUCUCCCUCUCCCAAAAACCCAGUUGGCACGCCUGCUCCCACUAAAAAGCUUUGUAACUCUCUCUCUCUCUUUCUCAAAGAAUGAAAAGCUAAAAUCCACUAACCCAUUUGGUGAUCUCGACCUUGUUAACUUUUUCUCCAACUUUUUUUUUUCAUCUUUUGUCAGACAAUUCUAAUUCUAUAACACCAGCCAGUCCACGCCGACCAUCCAAGUUUUAACAGGAAGACCUAUUUCAGUCAAUCCCCCUAUGAAUUUGUCUAAAAAAUAUACCACAUAAAGAAUAACCUAAGCUAGAAAAAGAGACUAAACCCAAACCCCAACCCCACUCUCAUUAUUCUUUCAUCGGUUACACCAAAAGAAAGCAAAAUAUCAACCCACUUAGAUUCCCCCCUAAAUAUGUUUUUGAAAUUAAAUCUCAGCUAAACUCCAACUUAAAGAUCCUUCUUUUAAUCAUUCAUAUAUAUAUAUAUAUAUAUAUAUAUAUAUUUCCGUAUUCCAGUUCCACUCCACUACUACUGUUUAAAAAACAUCAAACACCCAUCAUCUCAUUUCUAUUCCACCCAAACACAAAAACUGAACUCACAGUUUAUUGAUGUGGGUCUCUGUGGGUUUAAAUGGAUACCUUGUUUAGGCUAGUCAGUCUUCAAUCUGAUCAAUCUUUCAACUCAAGUAGAACAUCAAGCAGCUCUAGAUCCUCCAGACAAAACCAUCACUACCCACAAGAAGACGAAGAAUGCUUCAACUUUUUCAUGGAUGAAGAAGACUUUUCCUCGUCUUCUUCUAAACACUACUAUCCUUAUCAUCAACAACAACAACCCAAUCCUUCAACCACUACCACCCCUACUCUCACUCCCACCACCACCACAAACACAAACAUUAGUACCCCAACUGACUUCGAUUUCAACUUCGAAUUCUCAUCAAACUGGGCACCCGAAGCUCUCCUCGAAACCGCUCGAGCCAUUGCUGACAAGAACAGCAAUCGUGUCCAACAGCUCAUGUGGAUGCUCAACGAGCUCAGCUCUCCUUAUGGUGACACCGAUCAAAAGCUCGCUUCUUAUUUCCUCCAAGCCUUGUUUAGUCGCAUGACUGACUCUGGUGAGCGUUGUUAUCGAACUCUUGCUUCCGCUUCUGACAAAACCUGUUCCUUCGAGUCAACUAGAAAAACGGUUUUGAAGUUCCAAGAAGUCAGCCCUUGGACCACUUUCGGACAUGUAGCUUGUAAUGGUGCAAUCUUGGAAGCUCUAGAAGGUGAGCCUAAGUUACACAUAGUUGAUUUUAGCAACACAUAUUGUACCCAAUGGCCUACUUUGCUUGAAGCCUUAGCUACACGCACUGAUGAAACCCCACACCUCCGUCUCACCACAGUGGUAGCCACCAAAUCAGGUGGUGUAGCCGCUGUACAAAAAGUAAUGAAAGAGAUUGGUAACAGAAUGGAAAAGUUCGCUAGACUUAUGGGUGUGCCUUUCAAAUUCAAUGUCAUUCACCAUGUUGGUGAUCUUUCCGAGUUUAACUUAGCUUCUGAACUAGACAUCAAAGACGAUGAAGCUUUAGCAAUCAACUGUGUCAACACGUUACACUCCACCACAGCCGUUGACAACCGCCGUGAUUAUCUAAUAUCAAACUUUCGAAGAUUACAGCCAAGGAUAAUUACAGUGGUGGAAGAAGAAGCUGAUCUUGAUGUUGGGGUUGAUGGGGUGGAGUUUGUGAAAGGGUUUGAAGAGUGUUUGAGAUGGUUUAGGGUUUACUUGGAGGCUUUGGAGGAGAGCUUUUCAAAAACCAGCAACGAGCGCUUGAUGCUCGAGCGAGGUGCUGGUCGAGCCAUCGUGGACUUAGUGGCUUGUGCUCCAUCAGAGUCGAUCGAGAGGCGUGAGUCAGCGGCUAGAUGGACUCGGAGAUUGCAUGUAAGUGGGUUCAGUCCAAUUUCGUUCAGUGAUGAAGUUUGUGAUGAUGUGAGAGCUUUGUUGAGGAGGUACAAGGAAGGUUGGUCAAUGACACAGUGCUCCGAUGCCGGAAUAUUCUUGGCGUGGAAGGAUCAGCCGGUGGUGUGGGCCAGUGCAUGGAGGCCUUGACAACUAUGGCGGUGCGUACCUUCUUUACACGCUUUGGGUUUGGGGUUGGUCCACACGUGUAAUAACUUUUUUCUUUUUCUUUUUUUUUUUUUUUUUUUUUGGUUUUUUUUUUUUUUUUUUUUUUUUUUGGGUGAGUGCAUGGGUUGGAGUUUGUGGAUGAUUUGUUUUGAAAAAAAAAAAAAAAAAGGAGGAAAGACUGAUAUGAGGGAUUUGCUUGAUUUGAAUAUAAAUGAAGUAAACUGAUUUUCGUUA